AUGGAUCAAUGGACUGAGAUGCAAACUCAGUUCAGCCAAAUAGUGGGUAGAGUUUCUGCUCUUCAAAAAGAGAAUGAAAAAAUGAGGGCUGAACUGGAGGCUAUCAAGGGAUCUCAUGGGCAAAGUAGUGGUGAAUCAUUGCAGCAGCAACACCAAAUUCGCUGCCCAUCAAGUGAUGAUGCAUAUGACCAUUUAUCACCUAUAAACAGUGAUGAAUAUAGAGCAUGA